UACAACUUUGAUUGCUUACUCUGCUGUUUAUAUGAUAAAUAUCUUUUCUCUACAGUUGAACACAUCUACUCCUGCUACCAGACCUGAACUGAUUGUUAGCACCGUCGAUCAGGAACCAUUCAUCUCACGCAGGGUAACAAGUUCGGGUGAGGAGUAUGCAGGAUUUCUGGUUGAUCUGCUCGAUGCAAUCGCCGAGAAGGCUGGGUUCACAUACAGGUUUAUUCAGGCAUCCGAUGGAACCACCGGCUAUAACAGGCAAGCAGGCUGGACUGGUGUCAUCGGGGAUGUCUUGUCUGGGAGAGCUGACAUUGGUGGUGCUGCCUUGACCGUAACACCGGAACGGGAGGAGUAUAUUGACUUCACGAAACCCUACAUGUCCAACAGUGUCAAUCUUCUGGUCCACAAACCAACAUGGGCUGACCUUGGACUUGGUUACCUAGUUCGUCCAGUCUCUAACGAUUACUGGGCUCUGUUCCUUGUGGUUCUAUUCCUGAUUGGACUCGUCUUCUUCGUCAUUGGCACACUCAGUCCCUACGAAUGGGGAAACGUCGCUGCAGACAGAGAUCCGAGGGGAGCCAAGAACAGUUUUACACUCAGAAAUAGUUAUCUGUUUGCACUCAGUACACUGACAUGGCAAGGUUUCCGAGAGGCACCUCACUCCAUCUCUGGGCGAAUCAUGGCAGCUUUCUGGUGGAUGUUUGUGCUGUUCACACUGAUAGCAUACACAGCCAAUCUGACUGUCUACAUGCUCUCCAGACCAGAGCAGCUACCAGAGAUGCCGUUCAGAACUUAUGAAGACCUGUUAGAGAGUAAUAUCGGCAUCGGGGCUAUUAAUUUCGGGUCAACUGAAAGCUUGCUAAGGAAAAGUCCUAAUCCCACACUCAAAAGGCUAUGGGAAAAGAUGAAUUCUAAGAACUCCUGGAUUGAUAGCUACAGUGAGGGUAUUCACAGAGUUAAAACUUCCAACGGUAACUUUGCCAUAUUCUUGGAAACAUCAACUGCGGAGUAUGUUGCCAGAAGAAAUUGUGAACUUAUGAUCUAUGGCGAAAGUCUCUUUCCAUCAGCCCUGGCCUUUGGUCUACGUAGAGGAUCACCCUUGAAGAAUAAGAUCAACAAAGCUAUUGAAGAGCUGAGAGAAAACAAUUUUCUGGAGUCGCUCAAAGAACAGUAUUGGCGCUUUAGUGGAGAGUGCGUGAAUAUUGAUGGCAGGCAGUUUGUGCAGACAGAAAAUUGUGUUCAUUCACAAGGUGGCAUUCUAAGCUCCCUGCCGAUCUACCCAAUCACAUUAAAGGACAUGUCUGUGGCCAUCUUGUUGCUCUUCCUCGGAUUUAUUGCAGCCAUGAUUUUCCUUGUUAUCGAAGUUCUACAUUAUGCUGUCACCAAGCAGGGUAAGAAAAUUGAGAAGCCAAAGAUCCUCAAGAACCCACCGAAAAUCUUCAGACCAAAACCUAAAGCAGCCAAGGCUGAACCUGCUGAAGCUGAAGGAGAAGCUGGGCCUAGCUCAGAUGGUUUAGAGAGUGUUCCUCUUGAAGAUGCUGGAGAAGAACCUGGGCCAAGUGCUGACGAAGGCGAAAAAGUCCAGGUCUUGUUUUAG